AGUAUAUUUUAUUUUAGGGUUCUAGCGUGAUCGCCAUGGCGGCAUUGAGGCGAAGCGCGAGCCUCUGGCGCCUCGAUCGAUGGAGCACGGGUUUCGGGAGAAUCGGAGCGAUGAAGCAGCAGCUUUGCGAUCAGACUGCUUGGCGAUCGUCUGUAGGAAUCGAAAGAAAUCGCGGCUUUGCGGGGCUUGGAGAGUUCAUUCCUCGCAAAGAGAUUUUUUCUUCGGCUUUUGCUAUACCUUGGAGAGGCCUCGCGACUGCUCGUCAAGUGAAGAUGGAUUUCUACAUGAGUAGUCCCGGGUUGAUCGCGGAGAAAUAUCGGCCACCUCCACCACCGCUUCCGUUUUUCCAAAGGUGGUUCACACGACAAGGCUGGAGGCUCAAGAAGAAAUACCUCAUGGACAUGCUGAAAACAGCGUAUUGUCUAGCCAAACUCCGCAAAAAGCACAAAGGAUACAACCAGAAGGUUUUCUACCGGGAAGCGACUGAUUUGUAUAAGGAGAUAAACAAGCUCUCUGCUGCUGGCGAUCUGGGUAAACUUCGUAGGCUCGUCACGGAACACUUUUUUUCUGUGAUAAAGAACCAAAUCAAGCAAAGACAAGCUGCCUAUAGUCGCGUUCAUUGGGAGAUGGUUGGACAGAUCAAGCUGAUGAGAACUCUCCAGGGACGCUUGAUUGGAAUCGACAGGAAGGAUCUGGACAAUGCGUUCGUCCAGAUCACUCUUCGGAUACAAAGUAACCAGAUAUUCGCUGCUUAUGACAAGAACAAUAACAUUAUCAAAGGCGAUUUGGAGAAACCACUCUUGGUCGAGGACAUAUGGAUCUUUGAGAAACACCUCACGAGACCCGAUUCGACCUGGAGGCUCUGUGGUCAGCUAAACUUUUGAGUCAAAUUUCCUUCCAGAAGUUACUAGCGGAGAACUUACAAAAAAAAUUGUGUAUGAGUGUGACGGUUUUAGCUGUUAGCCAGCUACAAAACUUCGAUCUUCUCUUUUAUAUAUCCUACACAAACAUCAAGCG